AGCGAGUUCAUUUUUGAUAUUUCGUUCAAAUACAAUUCAAGAAAGAAAUACAUUAAUACAAUGUCUAUUUCAGUUAGGAAAAAAUUGUUGUUAUCAUAGAUGCAAACAACAACAGAAGAUAAAAUCAACUAUGCAUAUAAAAAGUAGUCAUAAACAAAAGAUAAAGAGUGAUAAGCAGAACGAAAGACAUUUAGGUUAGUAUUGGUUGUCGAUACAUUCAAAGUCAGUUCUGCGGAAAAAAGAGGUGGUGGCUCAAACCUCGCCGCUUUCUAACAAUAAAGAUAUUACUCUAAUUCUGAGUAAAUACAAGUGUUCAAAAUUAUAAUAAUAUCUCUUUUUGUUUUGUUUUAGAUGUGGGAUCAACAUACAGUUCAUGUGGAAAUUCGAUUGGUAGUUCAUGUAAUUUUGAUUUUGUUUAUAGUUCAACAGCCACAACAUCGACAACGGAUAGUCAAUCAUGUUCAUCAAUUGAAUCAUCUGAUCAUUUAAGACAAUCGAUUGAAGAAGAAAAGCAUGAUGGUAGAAGAAUAUUAACACCACAAAUCGAUAAAUUCAUUGUACAAGAACCAUUUAUACGUGCUGAACAUCCAGUUACACCUCCACCAUCUAAAAUUAUUAUCGUUGAUAAUAAUAAUGAUGUAGAAGACGAAGAAACAAGUUCAAUCGAACAGUAUGACCAUAGUGCAGAAUGGAAUCCAAAGCUGGCUUAUUUUCCAGUUGAUCCAUCACCAAUACCUUUAUUAUCCAGUUCAUCUUCAUCAUCAUCAUUUGGUGAAGAACAUUUUACUGAUUCAGCAUCAUCAUUUCAACCGUUAGACACAUGUGCAAACAAACUAAAAUGGAUUGAUCAUUUACCAUCACAACAACCACAACGACGACAUUCAAUAGCAAAUCAUGAAACAUCAUUUCAUACAGUAACAGCGACAUUAAAUGAUUUAUCUAAUUGUCAAUCAGAUAAAAAACUUGUUUUUGUCGAAACAAAACCGUCACUCGACAUAUCAACAUCGUCAGCAGUGAUUGUACAGCAACAACGAUUUGCUGUUAAUACUCAGUUGGAAAAAUGUUAUUCUGUUCAUAGUAUAAACGAGACAUCAUCAUCUUCUCAAUCAAAUCGACGUCGAUCAUCGUUAAUGUCAUGGAUGAGUAAUAAUUUUAAAAGUUCAAAAACAACAAAAGACAAGAAUAAUCAAACAAAUUCUGAAUCUAAUAAAAAUGAUGAUAUUGAAACACGUAAAAUGAAUUGGGCAAUCAAUUUUGAAAAUUUAUUAGCAGACAAUGUUGGCUUAUUAUUAUUCAAAGAAUUUCUUCAGAAAAUUGAAUACAGUAAUGAAAAUAUAGAAUUUUGGUUAGAAUGUGAACAAUUUAAAACAUUAACAAAUCACAAUGAGAUUUGUCAAAGAGCGAAAUCAAUAUGGUCAGAUUAUUUUGCAAAUAAUUAUCCAGAAUUUCAGAAUUCAUCGACAUUACCAUUGAAAAUAAAUAUUAAUAUUUCCGAUUCUACAAGACAACAAUGUCAACAGCAUCUUCAUAAACCCCAUUCAUCCAUGUUUGCUAAUGCACAGGCUGAAAUUUAUCGUACAAUGAAAUAUGAUAGUUAUCCUAGAUUUUUAGAAUCAAAUUUGUUUAAAAAUUACAAAAGUUGUGAUACUAAUAGUCUAUCAGGAUUUACAAAACCAAAAAUAAAAAGACCACGAAUUCCAUUUCCAUGGACAAGAGGUAUUCUUAUUAAUAAUACUUAG